AUGAAGAGAGCUAUUAAGGAUGUACUUCCAAGAAGUAGGCAUAGGUUAUGUAUGUGGCAUAUAUGGGAGAAAUUGAAGACAAAGGUUGGUCCUGUUUUGUCAGCAAACACUGAUUUUAAUACAAGAAUGACUCGUGUUGUUUGGAAUGAUACUAUUAUUCCAGAAGAUUUUGAAACUGAGUGGCAUUCAAUAAUGUCUACUUUUGGAUUGGAAAAUCAUGAGUGGUUAAAAGACAUGUACGAUCUUCGAUUUGAUUGGAUUCCUGCUUAUUACCAUGGAGAGGAUUUGGCUGGGCUUAUGCGUACUACCUCAAGAUGUGAAAGCGAGAAUUACUUCUUUGGUCAGAUUUGCCAUCCAAGAUGUACACUUGUUGAAUUUUUCACUCAUUUUGAGACUGCAAUGGAUAUUCAAAGGCAUGAGCAUAGGAGGAAUGAUCAUGAUACAAGGUAUAUUGAGUGUAAACCGUGGAGUGACUUUGUAUUGGAGAAACAAGCAUCAGAAAUAUACACCCAAACAAUUUUUAAGGAUAUUCAAAUUGAAAUUGAUGCUGCUAUUACAAAGUGUAUGUCAAAGUCUGUUGAUACUGUGGGUGAUGUUCAAUAUUUUGAAAUAAAGGAUUUCAGACAGCCAUGCACAUCUUUUUUCAAGGUGCAAUACAACAAAGAAGAAGAUGGUUUAAGUAUAAAUUGUUCUUGCAAACGGUUUGAACAAUUUGGUAUAUUGUGCCGCCAUAUAUUUUACGUAUUACGGUAUGAGGAUAUUAGUGAGUUUCCUAGAAGAUAUGUUCAUAGAAGAUGGACGAGAGAUGUCGUUUCAAUGGGAUCAAAUCAUUCCAAUAUUCGAUUUGAUGAAAUUGGUAGGAAUAGUGAGAUUGAUAAAGUUUAUAGAGAGAUUGUUGUUGCAAAUGAGUACGUGGUUAAUAGGCUGGUUGGCGAUUUAGAUGAAUUGUGUCGUUACAGGGAUCAUAUUAAAAGUUAUAUUGAUAAAGCGGAUGAGGUUAUGGUUGCUGCGCCGCCUCCUACUCGCAAAGAAAGAUUUGCUGAUAUUGGAGGGAACAUAGAGAAACCUGAUUCUAUGAUUCGUGUCCCCAUCAAAACAAGGACCAAAGGAUGCGGUGUACAAAAAAGGAUCAAGUCUAAUCGUGAGAUUGCAAUUCAGAAAUCAUCAAAGAUCCAGAAAUCGUGCCGUGUUUGUGGUGGAAAAGGACAUAACAGUCGAACAUGUAAAGAUAAGGUUUCUUCUAAUGCUAUAGGUUCUAGCAAUUGA